AUGUCUCCACAACGUCGCAGCCAGCGGCUGCGCGAACGGCAGGAAGAGCGUGAUGUUGAGGCACGGCUCCUCAAGGAAGGGGGGGGAGAGCCUGUUGUUCAGGACCACAAAUCAAAUAGUAAAAAUAUAACAUUAGAAGAAUCUAUCCAUCGGGAUGGAACCAAUGAGGAGUUACCGAUCAGUACAACAGACGACUUUAUGGACAAUAUACGCACCGGGUACAAUCAGGACAAGAUGUUUUCUGAAGUACUGAACCAGCCGGAACGCUUCAAUCGCUUCUCGAUAAGCGAUGGUAUAAUAUGGUAUAGUGCACCCGGGGAAGAAAAGGUUAUUGGAGUACCUCGAGUACGUGAACUAAUCACUAACCUGGUGCAGGAAGCACAUAAGUGUGUCGGGCACUUUGCUACCCAAAAAACGCUGAGUUACUUGCGGCGAUGGUACUGGUGGCCCCAUAUGGCAAAGGACGUGGAAUCCUUUUGCAAGACCUGCGAAGCCCGCGACAGAACGGUCAAGCAACAACCAUAUUUACGUACCGCCAUUGCUAUCACGGGACUCGGAGACAUUGUGUUCAAUAAGGUGAUGGAAAAGCUAGAAGAAGUUUUCCUCCAUUUUGCAAACAAUUUUCCCGCGGACAGCGUCAGCGGCUAUGACCCAGUUCUUCACAAAGACAUGGGUUUCAAUGUUUUCCAUGCGCAUAGCCAAUAUUUCACGAAGGUAUCCGCAUAUCAAGACAAAUCUGACAACAUAGGUUUUCAUCCCCUGGUCGACCCUGAUAACGUGUUGGCGUCCAUGGUAGGGGACAGUUUCAUCCACGCAAUCGAUAACAAGGUACAGUUUCUUCGUCGGGAGAUACUUCCUGACGGAACAGCCAGAUAUUAUUCUUAUAAUCCUGCCUCCAUACAAAUUGGAGACAUUGUCGAGAUCAGUGUUGCCUUUGUCGCAUUUCCUGCCCAAGGAAACAAGUACAAAUUUGUUGUUGCUCUUUGCGGAAUACUUGUCUUGGACCAGGAGGCAAGAAAGAAAGCUGAUAUUCUCAGAAUGCGGUCGCGCUAUACUCCAGCAAAAAGACAGGUUGCUGUUUUGUGUAGGACAAAGAGGCAGCUGUACAAAGGUCAGAUUGACAUUGAAGACACGCAACAGAGGAUGGCAUGUAUGCGCUUAAAUGAGGACACAGUCCACAAUAGCAAUACUAUGUCCCAAGAUUAA